UCUCGCCUCCGACGGCCUCUUCUAUGCGCUGAGGGUGCCCGGCUGGGCCGGGCCGGCGGCCGGGCGGGAGACCCCUCUCCAUGGUCCAGAAGAGCGGCAUGUCCCGGGGCCCUUACCCGUCCUCCCAGGAGAUCCCCAUGGAGGUCUUCGACCCCAGCCCACAGGGCAAAUACAGCAAGAGGAAAGGGCGGUUCAAAAGGUCGGAUGGCAGCACAUCCUCAGAUACCACAUCCAACAGCUUUGUCCGCCAGGGCUCGGCAGAGUCCUACACUAGCCGCCCGUCAGACUCUGACGUGUCUCUGGAGGAAGACCGGGAAGCCUUAAGGAAGGAGGCAGAGCGCCAGGCCUUAGCACAGCUUGAGAAAGCCAAGACCAAGCCAGUGGCUUUUGCCGUGAGGACAAAUGUCGGCUAUAACCCGUCUCCGGGGGAUGAAGUCCCCGUGCAGGGAGCGGCCAUCACCUUUGAGCCCAAGGACUUCCUGCACAUCAAAGAGAAAUACAACAAUGACUGGUGGAUCGGGCGCCUGGUGAAGGAGGGCUGUGAGGUCGGCUUCAUCCCCAGUCCUGUCAAGCUGGACAGCCUUCGCCUGCUGCAAGAGCAGACCCUGCGCCAGAACCGCCUCAGCUCCAGCAAAUCAGGUGACAACUCCAGUUCCAGUCUGGGAGACGUGGUGACUGGCACCCGCCGCCCCACACCGCCUGCCAGUGGUAAUGAAACGACUAACUUAGCCUUUGAGCUAGACCCCCUAGAGUUAGAGGAUGAGGAGGCAGAGCUGGGGGAGCACAGCGGCUCUGCCAAGACUAGCGUGAGCAGUGUCACCACCCCGCCACCUCACGGCAAGCGCAUCCCCUUCUUUAAGAAGACAGAGCACGUGCCCCCCUAUGACGUGGUGCCUUCCAUGAGGCCUAUCAUCCUGGUGGGACCAUCGCUCAAGGGUUAUGAGGUUACAGACAUGAUGCAGAAAGCUUUAUUUGACUUCCUGAAGCAUCGGUUUGAUGGCAGGAUCUCCAUCACUCGAGUGACAGCCGACAUUUCCCUGGCCAAGCGCUCAGUCCUCAACAACCCCAGCAAGCACAUCAUCAUUGAGCGCUCCAACACACGCUCCAGCCUGGCUGAGGUGCAGAGUGAGAUCGAGCGGAUCUUUGAGCUGGCCCGAACCCUGCAGUUGGUUGCUCUGGAUGCUGACACCAUCAACCACCCAGCCCAGCUUUCCAAGACCUCGCUGGCCCCCAUCAUUGUUUACAUCAAGAUCACCUCUCCCAAGGUACUGCAGAGGCUCAUCAAAUCCCGAGGAAAGUCUCAGUCUAAACACCUCAAUGUCCAAAUAGCAGCCUCGGAGAAGCUGGCCCAGUGUCCCCCUGAAAUGUUUGACAUUAUCUUGGACGAAAACCAAUUGGAAGAUGCCUGCGAGCACCUGGCCGAGUACUUGGAAGCCUACUGGAAGGCCACGCACCCGCCCAGCAGCACGCCGCCCAACCCGCUGCUGAACCGCACCAUGGCCUCCGCGGCGUUGGCCGCCAGCCCCGCCCCGGUCUCCAACCUCCAGGGACCCUACCUUGCUUCUGGGGACCAGCCGUUGGACCGGGCCACCACCGGGGAGCACGCCAGCGUGCACGAGUACCCGGGGGAGCUAGGCCAGCCCCCGGGCCUUUACCCCAGCAACCACCCACCUGGCCGGGCAGGCACCCUGCGGGCGCUAUCCCGCCAAGACACGUUUGAUGCCGACACCCCUGGCAGCCGAAACUCUGCUUACACGGAGCCGGGAGAUUCGUGCGUGGACAUGGAGACUGACCCCUCGGAGGGGCCAGGGCCUGGAGACCCUGCAGGGGGCGGCACGCCACCCGCCCGCCAGGGCUCUUGGGAGGACGAGGAGGAAGACUAUGAGGAGGAGAUGACCGACAACCGGAACCGGGGCCGGAAUAAGGCCCGCUACUGCGCGGAGGGUGGGGGGCCGGUCCUGGGGCGCAACAAGAACGAGCUGGAGGGCUGGGGGCAAGGCGUCUACAUCCGCUGAGAGGCCGGGGACCACAUCCUUGCAGGAAGGGCUCCGAGCCCCGGGAGGAGAGGGGAGGGCAGGGGGCUCACCACCUGUGAAGUGUCUUGCCUCCGGGGGGCGCUGUUGCUCAAAGGUGGGCGUUUCUUUGGUGGUUGGCAUCCCAGCUCCUGGGAGAGACCCUCUACUUCCCAGCCGCAGGGUUCCCUGACUUGCUCUAGGUGGAUGGGGGGAUUACCCAGUUUCUGAAGUAGCCGAUCCACAUCUUAGGGGGCUCUUCCACUCCCAGAGAAACGGUGCAUUUGACUUUCCGACCUGGUCUCUUAAGUGAAAGUCCCAAAGGAUGGGGGCCUUCCGCCCACCCACCCAACGUGGGAGGUUUGGGAAGGACUCGGCGUUUUUCCCCGGAGAGGGGGACCACUGAAUCUUCUCUAAACCCCAGACCCAGGGUCCCUCAUCAUGCCCACCUCCUCCUGUAGCUUCUUAGCAGCAUUCUCUGGAAGGUGGAAGCCACGACAUGGAAAACCAUGGGGAAGGGGGCCGGGCUGGAACUGACAAUCCUCAGAAGUGCAGCCCCCUGCCCUCCAUGGUGAUGACAAGGCCAGGGUCCUAGAGCCCUGAGGAGUGGGCAACCCAAGAUGCUGCACCCCACCGCCAUGCCUCGGUCCUUACCUAUCCCAGGAAUGAGCUUUGAUCAACAGCACCCCUGCCUGCUGCCAUCACGGAGGGGGCCUCUGCACCUGAGGCCCCUCCCCGUCUCCUGCCAUCCGGGUGUGGAGACCAUGAACAUUCUGGCUCACCUCAUUCUAAACCAAAAAAGAAAGAAAAUCCUAUUCCUUCACCUUUACCCUGCCUGAGGCCCCAGGGGAGAGGCCCUGUGGAUUGGAACCCCAAAAGGUGACCACGACUCAGGGCUUUCCUGAGGUCCUCUGAUCUCCCCCUGGCUGCUGCUGCUUACUCGUAUUCGCCUCGUGAUCCUUCCUGUCCUUCCCCCGUGUCCACUUCUCCCAGGAGAGGCUUUUAGCGCCUCUCUCUUAGGGUACUCUCCACAUCCAUUAGAGCCCGGCAGUCCUGCCCCUCCCCAGCGUCACAGCUGGGCCAGAGAGAGCCGAUUGUGCCAACGAGGACUGGGCCCUGCCCGGCUGCCCACCUCAGGGAUGGGCACUUCACGCCUGUCUCGCCACCUCCUGUGCCAAUGUCAUCCCACCCCCCUCCCACCUGGGGGCGGGGUGCAGCUUCCACUGACUGGUUAGAAGACACCACUGCCCAACCUUUGCCCUCUCUGUCUGCGUCCUGUGCCCAUCUGUCCGUCUACUUGUCUGUACUCCUGUAGGAGAAAUAUUUUGCCACAUAUAAAACCGCCGAGCUGUCCUUUGCGGCCACCUCUGGA